AUGUCCAACGUCGUCGAGACCAUCCUCAACAACCACGUCAAAAACUAUGCCGCGCCGGUUUCGCAGCUAGAGCAAGCCGAACAGGAGAUCCUAACUUGUCUCGGAGCACCCAAGCUUCCAUCUCUCGAGACCUUUGAGGGACCAUUCCUCGUCGACGACGAGCUACUCGCAUACUAUAAUCGCUCGGGCAUCACCUCUCCCUCUCUGUCUGGCCUCGAAUCGCUUUUCAACGAUGACCGGGACACUCUUGUAUGUCCUGGGGCUCCAAGGACACCAUUUUGUGAAGAGUUCGAAGGACUUG